CGAGAAAGCCGUCAACGCCGCUCCUCGCUCCGGCGCCGAGAUCGAAACUAUCAAGAAAUCAAAUGCAGGCUCAAAUAAAGCAGCUUCUACUAGCACUUCCCUGAACACAAGGAAGCUUGAUGAAGAGACAGAGAAUCUUACUCAUGACAGUGUGCCAACUGAAUUAAAGAAAGCCAUCAUGCAAGCUAGGAUGGACAAGAAACUCACUCAGGCUCAAUUGGCUCAGCGAAGGGAGGACGGACGAGCGAGUACGGGCAUGGAGAAGAGGGGAAAAAGCUCCCGAACAAAGCUCAACAUUGCCAUCAUUCAUCCAGAUCUUGGAAUCGGUGGAGCUGAAAGAUUAAUUGUCGAUGCUGCUGUAGAGCUUGCAUCCCAUGGGCACAAUGUUCAUAUCUUUACUGCACAUCAUGAUAAAAAUCGAUGUUUUGAGGAGACCCUAAGUGGAACCUUCCCUGUUGCUGUAUAUGGUGAUUUCCUACCCCGUCAUAUCUUCUACCGUCUACAUGCAGUAUGUGCAUAUAUCCGGUGCAUUUUUGUUGCUGUGUGUGUAUUGUUCCUGUGGCCAUCGUUUGAUGUCAUACUUGCUGAUCAAGUCUCUAUAGUUGUUCCAUUGAUGAAGCUAAAGAAGUUAACUAAGGUUGUGUUCUAUUGCCAUUUUCCAGAUUUGUUGCUUGCUCAACAUACAACGCUUCUCAGAAGGAUAUACCGGAAACCCAUAGACUUUGUAGAAGAAAUAACCACUGGCAUGGCUGAUUUGAUUCUUGUUAACAGCAAAUUUACUGCAUCCACUUUUGCAAAUACAUUUAAGCAUCUUGACGCAAGAGGAAUUAAACCAGCCGUGCUUUACCCAGCUGUCAAUGUAGAUCAAUUUGAUAGACCGCAUGCUUCCAAGUUGAAUUUUCUCUCCAUCAACUGCUUUGAAAGGAAAAAGAAUAUAAAAUUAGCGAUAUCUGCCUUUACCAUGCUUCACACUCUUGAAGAUGAUGCUCCUCAAAGACACAAUGUGGCUGAUGUUACCUUGACAGUUGUAGGUGGCUUUGACAAACGACUCAAAGAGAAUGUUGAAUAUUUGGAGGAAUUGAAAACCUUGGCAGAAAGGGAAGGCGUGUCUCACCAAGUCCAUUUCAUGACAUCCUGCUCCACCGCUGAUCGAAAUGCCCUGCUUUCGGAUUGCCUGUGCGUUCUUUAUACACCCAAGGAUGAACAUUUUGGAAUUGUUCCCUUGGAGGCAAUGGCCGCCCAUAAACCUGUAAUUGCAUGCAAAAGUGGGGGACCUGUUGAAACAGUCAAGGAUGGUGUGACAGGGUUCCUUUGUGACCCUACACCUCAGGCAUUUUGUUCAGCUAUGGCGAAGCUCAUUCGGGAUCCCCAGCUGGCAGAGAGAAUGGGUGCGGAAGCUAAACGUCAUGUCAUCGAGUCAUUUUCCACCAAGAUAUUUGGUCGACGAUUGAAUCAAAUUGUCAUCGAUAUAGCUGGAUGGAAGAGUGAGUGAGUAUAUCUAAACGAAUGGGUCCAUGCUCUUCUCUUCUCCAUGAUGUCUCGGUACACUUGGGGCAAAUAUGUCCCAAUUGAGUGGCACGGCUAUGGGUCUUAAUGGGAUUUUGCUCACUCUUGAAGGCUAUUUAUUCUUAGUGGGGGAAGACCCACAGUCGUGCUUCAUCACAUUCGUCAUGCACUAUCAAGUUUGUAAGGUAUGGACGUCAGGGCUGAUAA